AUGGCACAUCACAAGGUGUGGGCCCUGUUGCCUGAGCAAGUGCAGUACAUGAAUUACCGCAGCACCCUGCCCUGUGCAGCCCAGGCAGUGGGUUGUCCAGCUGUGCAGCUGGUGCACCCAACAUGUGCUGGAGAUGGGCUGGCUGACCUGCAGCUGCUGGUGAUGGCAGUGGAAAUCACUGAUAAUGAAAUAUUAGAGUUGGUACACAGUGCUCUGGGGAGGAUGACAGUUAUCCGGCAAAUUUUCCCUCUCUUAAGGGACAACAAUCAGAGAUGCAUGAGGAACAACCACCGAAUAUCAUCACUGCUCUGUGAUCCACAAGAAGGCUAUCUUCAGAUGCUUCAGGUUUCCAACCUGUACCUGUAUGACAGUGUGCUCAUGCUGGCCAAUGCUUUCCACAGAAAACUGGAGGACAGGAAAUGGCACAGCAUGGCAAGUCUGAACUGCAUGAGGAAAUCCACCAAACCUUGGAAUGGAGGAAGAUCCAUGCUAGAGACUAUUAAGAAGGGCCAUAUAACUGGGCUUACUGGUGUUAUGGAGUUCAGAGAAGAUGGCGCCAACCCUUAUGUUCAAUUUGAAAUACUGGGCACUAGCUACAGCGAAACAUUUGGCAAAGAUGUGCGGAGG